AAUACCCCUAAAAUUAAAUUUCACUCAUUCUCUCCGACUUUCCCUCUCUCUCACUUUCCCUCUCUCGCUCUCUCUCUCUGACUUUCCCUCUUCACCAUACGAACCAGGAACCCGUAAACCCCAAACCCCCAAACCAGCAAACCCAUCUCCGUCGACCAUCUCCACCACGAACCCAACAAACGAGGCGAACCCAACCCACGAGCAGGACCCGUCUCUCUUUCUCUGCCUAUUGCUCUCGACAUUGGAACCCAACCCACCCACACCCACGGCCGACAUUGGAACCCAACCAAUUUUCAGAGGUCGUAGCCACGAAAACCAGAACAGAGGUCGUCCCCAAAACCACGAACAGUCAAAGAUGGCUCCCAGACUCAUUAUUCCAGCACCCGAGCAUUUCACUGGCCGCGUCACAUAUAGGGGCACUGGAAUUUUUGCAAAAAUUAAAGCUCGGUUUGAGGAGUUCAACCUUAACAACACGGCGAAGGAAAGCCGUUUCGGGAGCUUCUGGAAUGCCGUACCACUGACAUUCUCCUCGGUGUUAUUUCACCAGCUGAUGCUCCACAAAAUGAAAGUGGAUGCUCAGGAGGAGUUGAGGAUGAGGUUUUAUGUUGGUCGGAAGGAGGUCCGAUUCGGGGUGCUGGAGUUUGCACUCAUUACGGGUUUGGACUUCUCCUCGGGGCCAACAGAAGAGGAGAAGGCUGCGCAGGUCGCGCGCUCGGGGUCAGACCGAUUGAUCAACAAAUAUUUCAACCGGUCUGAUAGUGUGAAGACAGAAGCACUCCAACUUCAGUUCACAAACUGCCAGAACCCGGAAGACUUGUACAAGCUCGGCUUGUGCUUGUUUGUGGAGUCAGUGCUUCUGGGCCGCGAGGCCAACGCGCUGAUCACACCUCACAUACUUAGAUAUGUGGAAGACCUCGAGUUCUUCUUCCAGAUUCCUUGGGGGAAGCACUCAUUCGCCAGACUCAUGCACUCGCUUCAGAAAGACAUGGUGAAACAGAAGGCCAACUACGAGAAGAAGCUGAGUUCGGAUGUUCAGCACGAGUGCAAAUACACAGCAUAUGGCUUCGCACCUGCAGUCCAAUAUUGGGCGUACGAGGCCAUUUUGGAGGUUGGCAAGAGGUAUGGCACGAACCACGGGAUUCGGUUCCCCAGGAUGCUUAGCUGGACGAGCAAAGGCGAUAUUGGGAAGAAAGACGUCAGCGCAUUAUUUUCUAGACGGAAUCUGGAAGUGGUGAAGGGGCUCCUUCCACGGACAGAGGAGGAGGCAUUUGUGAGGACAAUUUCUUACGAUGGUGUGGAGAACCUGGUUGAUGAUGUUGUGGAUGACACGAGAGGCCGAGCGGGUAGUCGGCCACCGGAUGAGAAAUUGUUAACCACUUUCCGAAAGUGGUGUGUUGGACUCAUUCCGAACCACCGACUUCGGGAUUUGAGAAGUGGUGAUUACGGUCCAGGAUUCUUUUGGAUAAUGCUCACACCAAAGGAAUGGCUUACAGAUGACCAUAUAGAUGCAGCAAUGCAUAUGCUGAGGAGGCGACGCACCGACUAUCCACUGACAUUUCCUCAGAAGGGUAUCAUUCUCUCCACAUUCGUGACCGCCAUGAUCAGCAGUGCAUGGACGAGCCACAAGGGUCCGAGGAAAAACUUUAAAUGGGAGGAAUAUAUCCUGGACUACUGCACAGGGUUUCAUAAGUCCCAAGUCUUUGAGAGAUGGAGGGGUAACGAGUUUAUUUACUUCGUUCUGCACCUUCCCACGGCAAGACACUGGGUCACAGUUGAAGUCGACAUAGAGCUGUGGAAAAUUAAUGUCUACGACUGUGAUUCCAGCGUCUGUCAUUGGACCGCCAUGGAACCCAUCUUGAAGGUUUGGUCAGAACUGCUGCCCUCGCUAAUCCUUGCAACCGGGGAAUUUCCACAUAACAACCAGAUCAUGGCGUUAGCUAACGGUGACAUCACGGUGCUUCCAAAAAUGCACGCGACUCGAGCCACUCACGACUUAGUUCCGAAGUCAGCAACCAGUGGUGAUUGUGGCGUGUAUUGCAUUGAGUAUGUGGAGCAUCUCAUGAUGCAGCGUGGAUUGACCGAUGUGACGCCAGACCGGAUAGCCAUGUUUCGUCAACGGUGGUGUGUCGAUUUAUUUUACCAAAAUGUCGGCUGAUUAUAUGUGUAAUUAUUGGGACAUUGUAUAUUUUGUGUAAUUAACAUUACAGUUAUGUAUAUAUAGAUUUUCUUUUCGUUCAAA